AUGGAUCCACAGGGUGACAAGGGCCCACCACCGGCUCUAACUUUUCAAGAGGCGGUGCUGUGGGCCCGGCGUUUCCGGGAGAGGAUGUUCACGAGUUAUCGUGAUGUCUUCGACAAGUUUGACGACGACGGAAACGACAGCAUCGAUCUUCGGGAGAUCAAGAAUGUCAUCCGCGAGUUAGGCUUCACGAUCCCGCAGAAGACUGUCCACGAACUGAUUGUGGAGGCCAGAAGGCGUGGAGACAUCCUGAACAGUGACCUGGACGGGCUGGACUACGACAGCUUCGUGCAUUUCAUGCAGCUCCUCAAUGAGAAUGAUGGCUUCAACAAGCAGGAGAUUGACCGAAUUGUCAAGACCUUCAAGAAGUAUGACAAGGAUAGAAGUGGCGACAUCAACACCCUCGAACUCUCGGACAUGAUGCGGGAGAUGGGCCAGGCCCCAUGCAUCGAGGAGGUUCGCACACUGCUGUCCGCCGUGGACAUCAACGGUAACGGAGUCCUAGACGAGCGAGAGUUUAUUCGAUUCUCCCGGCUCUUCCGGGAAAAGCAGCUGGCGCGAGCCAAGAUGGUGUUUAUGAAUCACGCAGACCGGCAGCUUUCUCCCGAGAUGAUUCCUGCAAGCCAGGUGGAUUUGGCCAUCCACGUACUGCUGGCAGACGAAGCCGUCGAGGUGGCACCCCUGCCACCAGAGGAAGGGCUGUCGAAGGAUCAGCCGAUCGAGUUCGACGAGUUUGUCGAGCUUGCGGAUCGAAUGCGCGAGAGACUCAUCUGGACUUCGAAGAAGUUCGCCGGAUUUGGGGAAGCAGAGGUGAAUGAAAUCCGACAAAUCUUCGACAGCUUCGACACAAAGCGAGCUGGCAGCCUGAAGCCCAACGAGGCAUCGGAGCUACUGAAGUCGCUGGGAAUCGAAGUUCGAAGUGUGGAGGAGCGCAUCGCACUGUCAGAACAGAUCGGCACAGCGUGCCAGGAAGCGCAGGAGGCAGGUGCCGAGGCCGUGGUGGACGGCCAGGUCAACUUCUGGGUCUUCUUGCAGCUCUUCCGGGCCAUGAAGCGGAAGCAGGAUGAGGAGAAGGAAAGGCGGCUGAUGUCAGUCUGCGAGGAGGUGAAAUUCAACUCGCAGGAAGUCAACCAGUUCCAGGAAGUCUUCGAGCAGUGCUGGUCCUCCCUCUACACGGACGGAGUGACUUCAGACACGAAGCAGAUACCAAGGACAGCCGUGUACAAGCUCUUCAGAAACAUGGGCAUGCGCCUCGAAGGACGAAACCGACAAGCCUUGGACGAUCAGCUCAAUGCCUUGCAAGCACAGAAGGGGAUAGACUUUCCGAACUUUCUGCUGCUCAUGCGGUGGAUGCUGGACGUCGACUUCUGCAGCAUCUCAUCAUCGAAGCAGCCGGGAACGUGA